AUGACUUUGAUAGAAUGCGAAUUCAUGUUGCCAAAACACCAAUUACCUCAUUCGGUAGCCGCGAAUUUGUUUUUUUCCCCCUCGCUCGCUUUCGUUGUAAUUUUUUACUUUUCUUUUCUUGAAACUGCGUCCACAAUAUUCUCACUUUUCAUUUGUAACACCAAGGCAAGCUCAGCCAAGAGAAACACCACGGGUUCGAGAGACAACACGCACCACGCAAACAAAAUGGCCAUCACUGAGAAGGAGAAGACGUACAUGAAUGAAAGAUUCCUUUCAUUUGUCGACUCCAUAUACCAGCUUACUGACAAGGAUGGCAAUGAUUUCUCCUUUGCAUUUCAUGCACUUCCAUUGCGUUCGAAUAUCGAAUACUACAAAGUGAUUAAAAAUCCCAUGUCGUAUUCCAAGGUGAAAAUGGCAGCAAAACAUGGACGGUAUGUUCAUCCGCAGGCUUUCAUUAACGAGUUGGCGCAAAUCACUUGGAAUGCCAGAUUCUUCAAUGAGGAGGCCUCAGACUAUCAUCAAUGGGCCAGGAUUCUUGAUAAUUAUAUCAAAAACACAAUUAUUCCAGACUUGCAAAAUGAUCCCAAGAUAUAUCAACACGACACGAUCAUCUAUCCUAACCUUGGCCCUUUGCCUAAUGACUCGCAGUCGGGGCCGAGGGGGCAAGGAAACGAAAUGGUACAUCCGGCAGCAGCAGCUGCAGCUGCUGCAGCAGCAACAACAACAACAACACCGUCAUCGUCGUUAUCUACAGUAGCUGCAACAGCAAACACAACGACGGACAUGGCAGCAGCAACUUCAUCACUGACUCCAACGCCUAUAACAAGAGUAUCAAACCACUCUACCCCUGUUCCUGGACAUGUUGCUCAACAACAACAUCCCCCACGUCGUAACGAAGCAACGCCGGCAGGUGAAUACGAUGAAGAAUAUGAAGAGGAAAACAAACAUGAGAACUCGAUAAUGAACCAAACAUAUAAUCCAAGUUCAUAUAUUGCAAACGUCGAGGAAACCGGGAAACCGCAUAUUUUCCAACCUCCAAAGAAUAUCAUGAACUACCAACCAAAUAGACAAAUAUUAGAACAGUGGGUUAAGAGAGGUAGGCCUCCUAUUGUGGACAAACCACAUGAACAAAGAAUCAAGUCUAUAAUGAGGGGGUUGAAGAAAAUCAAAGUUGGAAAUAAAACAAUUAUAUCCUUCUGGGAUAAGUUACCGAGUUCUGUUGAACAUCCGGAUUAUCUCAAGAUUGUCAAGGACCCAAUCUCAAUGCUUGAUAUUAAGGGUCUAAUAAAGCAAAGAUAUUAUAAGACUGUUGACGCUUACGUGACUGAUGUUUUCAGAUUGAUCAAUAAUAAUAGACAAUAUUUUGUUCAUGAUGAAUUCAUCAAGAAUAACCUAAAUGUUCUUGAAGCAAAUAUCUCCAGACUCUAUCAAGUGGAAAUGUCCAAACCAGACGUUGAGUUUAUGAGCGGACAAGCAACAACUAGGUUCCCACUCUCUCAGGUAAUUUAUGAAAAUAGGACAUAUAAGGUCGGUAAUUGGGUUCUAGUCAAGAAUCCAAAUGAUGUUUAUCGACCAAUAGUGGCUCAAAUCUUCAGGUUAUGGCAAAGAGAAGAUGGUGAGCUAUGCAUGAACGUGUGUUGGUAUUACAGGCCAGAAUGGACUGUUCAUAGAUAUGAUCGACUAUUUCUUGAGAACGAAGUUGUUAAGACGGGUCAAUAUAGAGAUCAUUUGGUCAGUGAAAUUCUAGGUCCAUGUUAUGUUGCGUACUUUACUCGGUGGUUGAAGGGUGACCCAGGAAUUCCUUUUGAAGGACCAUUGUUUGUGUGUGAGUUUAGAUACAACGACAGGGAGAAUACAUUUGCUAAAAUCAGAACUUGGAAAGCCUGUUUGCCUGAUGAGGUUAGACAUUUAGAAGACCCAAUCAAGCCGCUUACGCAACCAAGGGUUUUGAAGAAAUUCCCAUCGCCAAUCAAGCACCUGCUUGCACCGGGCUCGUCUGCCUUUACGCCAAUUCCACAGCCUGUGAUUCUAAAUAUGAAUUCUCCGCCGUUAGUUGGCGGUGUUUACUUCCCACGUGAGGAUGAUUUACAUGACACGCACUACUUUGAUGCCUCUUUAACAAGCACCCAAUGUAAGUCAUAUAUUCCACCAACUACAAAUAUUCGUAUACCUUCCAGUGCUUUGAUUGAAAACUACACACCUGUGCAUACUGAAGAAUCAACACCAGAAACCGAAUAUAAACAUGGUGUACCGGGUACGUCAAUGAUCAAUUUGAACACCAGAAGCAACUUCAAGUACGCUAAACCACAAGUUACGGUCAAUCCAAUGCAAAUGCAAAUGCAGAUGCAGAUGCAGAUGCAAGCAAGUAUGGCGAACAAUGUGCCUCAGUUCUACAGUUCCUCGCACAAGGUUAUUAAGAGUCCAUACAAUUUGGCAGCUUACACGUUUUCGCAGUUCCAUUCACCAAGCACAUCCACCAGUUUCUUGAAAACUAACAACGAAGAGAUAAAUAAUGAGUUAAUUGCACGCUCAUACCUACAUAUGGAUAGAAUUAACUACGAAAGAGUGAACAGGGAGCGUUCUGAGAGCGAUUCACGGGUUGAGCCUAGGGGAUUGCUAUGGUUCCGUGGCCCACCUUUGAAAGUGGCUGAUCGUAUUUUGGAUGACGAGCAAGUUGGUGGUAAGAGAGUAAGAUUGGGACACUCUUCUGAAUACCUUGCAUGGAAAUUAAAGCAGAGAAAGAGGUAA